AUGAGGAUAAAGAGGGCCAAGGCCCUACCGGAGAUUUGCCCUGAGGGGCCCCCUGGUGGAAAGGGAAAAGGGGGCACCAUGGCCCUGUUUGGGAUUAGCCCCCUUUAUGGUGAUGAUGGGGGAACAACACCAGCGGAGGAAAAAACCAGCAGGGGGAACAACACAGAGGAGGAACAAAACCAGCAGGAGGAAAACACCCGCGGUGGGAAAUCCAGCGGGUGGAACAAAAACACAGGGGGGAAAAAACCCAGAGGAGGAACAACACCCGCAGGAGGAAAAGACACCAGAGGAAACAACACCCGGGGGAACAACACCACGGGAGGGAAAAACUCCAGCGGGGAACAAAACCACGGGAACAACACCAGCAGGGGGAAAAAAACCCCCCGGGAGGAACAAUCAGCGGGGGGGAACAAAACCGGGGAGGAACACACCAGCGGGAGGAACAACUCCAGGGUGGAACAACACCCGCGGGAGGAACAACACCAGGGGUGGCACAACACCAAGGAGGGAAAAAAACCCCCAGGGAACAACAAAAGCAGGUGGAACAACACCAGAAGGGGGAAAACUCAGCGGGUUUGGAAAAAAAACCCAGCGGGGGGGCACAACACCGCAGGAGGAACAACACCAGAGGAGGAAAAAACCAGCGGGUGGAAAACCCCAAAGGGGAACAACACCAGCGGGAGGAAAAACCAGCGGGUGGCAAACCCAGGAGGAAAAACACCCGCAGGAGGAAAAACACCAGCAGGGGGAACAACACCCGCAGGUGGGUCGACACCCGCGGGGGAAAAACACCACAGGUGGAAAACACCAGCGGGGCCCCAACUCCCGCGGGGGGGAACACCAGAGGUGGGGAAAAACACCCCAGGAGGGGAAAACACCAGCAGAGGAAAACAACACCCGCGGGAGGGAAAGACCCACAGGGGGAACGACACCGCAGGGGGAACAAAAACCCGCAGGAGGAAAAGACACCCGCAGGAGGAACAAAACCAGGAGGGGGAACAAAACCAGCAGGGGACAACACCCCAGGAGGGAAAGAACCGCGGGGGGAACAACAAAAACCCCGCAGGUGGGGACACCAGCGGGGGGAACAACACCAAGUGGCACAACUCCAGCAGGAGGGAACACACCAGAGGGGGAAAAACACCCCGGGGGAAAAACACCAGUGGUGGAACAACACCACAGGGGAAAAACCCCCAGCAGGAGGAAAAAACCAGCAGGGGCAAACUCCAGCGGGUGGAACAACACCAGCAGGGGGCAAACACCGGGGGAAAAAAAAAAAACACCAGAGGGGGCAAAUCCUGCGGGGGGGAACAAAACCAGCAGGUGGCACAAAACCCGCAGGAGAACAACACCAGCAGGUGGAACAAACCCAGGGAUAUACUCCACUGGUGGAACAAACCGCAGGGGAACCACCCGUCAGGGGAACAAAAGCAGGGGCAACCACUAGUGCGGGGCCAACUACCCCUAGUGAGUCAACCACUAGUGGAGGACCAACUACCCCUAGUGAGUAACCAUAGUGGGGACCAACUACCACUAUAUUUGUACAUCACUAUUAUUUUUCCUCGAAAGACGCUUGAUGAAUCAAGUGCUCCAGAGACUUGGGCUGUUUCCAGAGAUUGA